AUGGACAGGCUCCAGCAAGCCAGUGGCAACCGACAGCUGAAGAUCAGCUUUGUGCUUCAAUUCCUCGUUCAACGUUCCGAUAAGGAGGCAUCGUCACUGGCAGCAUGUCGGUCUCCAAAUGCCAGCGUUGUGGACCGUAUAAUCUACGAAAGUGUGAUCGAAGAAGAACGACAAGAUCUAGCCCGAAUCAUUGCCAACGGUCUCCACCAGAUAGAUCUACCUACAUCAAUCGGGACCACAGAUGGUGCUGGAAACCAUCAGGACCCUGAUCCAGGUGUUUGGAAUGUCUCGUUGGACGAGCAAGAGCUCAACAUACUUGGGUCCCCCAGAUGGCACCUCGCCCGUAUUCAUUCUCCGCUAAUGCCUAUGAUCCCGCAGACUUCGGCAAUAAUCAUUUCAAUUUGUUCCGCUCUCAAAGUCUCGAGGAACCUCACCAUCGCCUUGAACGAGAUUCCGCGCCUCCGCGUUGAUGUCAAGCCCAAGGAGGGAGACUUCACCCUCCCAGAAGUCCGUCGUAUCCUCAACUUUCUAUGGUUCGCCUCACCUUGCCUGAACGAUCUACAUGCGCCAUACUGUGGACCAGGCUCACUAGUAGCUCCUGGUCUUGAGUUUGCACGUAUGUUCAGCACCGAUCUGCACGCCUUCCUUUCUGAUGCCGAAUGGCGCGGCGAGCCCACCGAGGCCUUCUUCACCCGUGGUUUACCAACUGCUAACAAGGUCAACAUGCUCGAACCACCAUCUAUCCGCGGGCUAGACAUUGAAAACGAAGCUAUCGUCCGCGUCGAUACCGCCGAAAGCUUCAAUGAUAUCAUUAGUGGCACCGAAAUCCACGUCAGGGACUGGAAAGGUCAAGCAGGCAUCUUCCCUGGCGCCUACGACUUUUCCGGACUCCUUGACAAAGACCCUACGAAGAAAACCAUAGGUUUUUCUCAGCACGCUGGCACAUUGGACUCUGCCGCCAUCGAGAACUGGAUCAAGGUAUGUCACGGCAUCAUCAACUUUUGCCUGAACGAAACUGAGGAUCAAGUAGAACGUGUGGUUGGACAGCUGAAGCUACCCAUCUCUACGUUUGGUUUCUCUGGUUCGUACACGACGACUCAAUUUCUUGAAGAUAUUAACCUCCACGUACAAGCAGCAUAUUACGAACCUCUGGGCCGGAACCCAUUCGUUCCAGAACUCGACAGCCACCGCCUUCGCAAACCCGCCAUCAACCUCGAAGACGAAAAAGACUUGUCCCCGUACACCUUUGGCAUCGAGCUCGAGUUCCUCGUUCCUUUCACCAACACCAAGUAUACUGGCAAAGGCAUCAAAGACCAGCGCUGGGUCUACGACCACUUCACCCCGUAUGUCAUCCCAAGUCCGAGCAAGCCCACUACACAGGACGAGCGCGAUGAGCUGGCUGACCUGAUGGAUAAAUACCUCGGCACUCAGCCCAAAGACGAGCGCGGCCAGGCCCACGAUGAAUCAGCGAAAUAUUUAGAGAGGCUGCUCUGCGACGCCGGUCACUUUGGCGCCACGUUCGACACCGUCUUUGACCUCCAAGACAAAUUCGAGGGUGAGGUCUCGAUCCCCGGGAUACAGUCCGUUGCAGACGCCGCGGGCUGCCACCUCCACUUCUUCGAAGAUGUCCUCGCGAUGUUCCAGUGCUGGUACAUUGAGAGAGAUCCAAGCCUUUCAGACUGGGCUUCCGGUGAAAAGGGGUACGCUGGACACAUCGGGAUAGAAAUGUCCAGUCCCAUCUUGCGUGAUUCGCCCAAAGAUUUCGGCAAGAUUGUCGACGUGUUGAGGAUUCUCCGCGGCGGGCUUCGGCCGAUGCUGGACAUCAGUUGCGGCCUCCACGUUCACGUAGGUAGCGUUCGAGGCUUUUCACUGCGCAGCUUGAAGCGUAUCGCCACCCUGAUUAUGAUUGCUGAUCCGAUUCUAUACACCCUCGUUCAUCCGUCGAGGCAGUGGAAUCCCAUGACGGAGCCUCUACACCUCGAAGCGGCUGUCGCAAAGGCCGAGGAUUUGCCCGACUACACCGCAGCGUUUGUAUUCGAGGACGCAGGUGACAAGUCGAGAAGUAUCCCCCUCCAGGCAGGCAUGGCCAAUGUGCUCUUGGAUCUAGAGGCCAAUGUCCCCAUGAACGACUUGCCCCGAAAGCUACGCGGUCAGCUAGCCAAGCUCUGGGCUACGAAUAGUCUCGCCGCCCUUCUAGCCCAGCUCGCCCCGUUCCGUGGGUGCAAGGGCGGUACCGCCUUUGGCGCGCUCAAGUCGGAUUUUACGAAGCCGAGCAAUGACCCGCGAGCGAAGGGAACCAUCGAGUUCAGAAUGCUCGAGGGCACGCUCGAUCCGGUGUUGAUUACGCACUGGACCAAGCUGCUUCUCAAUAUUGUGGAAAGAGGGGACGCCGCGACAACGAAGGAGUACUUCGAGACCCUUUCUAUCCUCGCCAAGGAGCGAGGAAGUGCUGGCGAGAAGCUUGCUGCGUUGCUGGGUGCCCUUGGCCUCGAAAAGCACCUGCCGUUCUGGAGUAAGGUCCAACAGACGAAUCAAGCUAUGGACGUCGAGCUGGAAGAAAACGAUUAUGGAAGGAAGAUCAUGCCCGAGGAUUGGGAGUUGCCCAUAUAUCGAGAGACGGAAGGCAAUAGGCAGGAGUUUGAACGCAGUUGGUUUGAGCGGAAUGUCGUCAGAAUCCCAGAGCUUGACGAGGAUGUUUGGGAUAGGAUCAUAGAUAUUCUUUGA